AGUCACUCUCUGUUAAUAAUGAAUAGCUGCAAACUAAUCUCUAAAAUUUUCAUUUGCUAACUUUUACAAACGAAAGCAGCAUUCCCUAGAAGAUUAAUUAUUUUAAUAAGCAGAACACACAAUUUCUGAAAGAAAAAGUAGAGCAUUAUGACACCUGGACAAAGAGCCUGUGGUUUCGUUAUUUUUCGUAGAUUAUGCGGAGAUAUUGAGUAUUUAUUGAUGCAAACUUCCUACAGAGAUCAUCAUUGGACUCCGCCGAAAGGUCAUGUCGAUCCUGGAGAAAAUGAUAUGCAAACUGCUUUGAGAGAAACUGAAGAGGAAUCUGGUUAUUUGAAAGAGGAUUUAAUAAUUUAUGACGGUGCAAGGCGAGAAAUGAUUUAUAAAGUAAAAAAUAAACCAAAAACUGUUAUAUAUUGGUUAGCUGAGUUGAUCAAUAAAUCCAAGCAAGUUAAAAUGUCAAAAGAACAUCAAGAUUUCAAAUGGCUUCCUAUUGAUGAAGCCUGUCAUUUAACUGGCUUCACUGAAAUGCAAGAUGCCUUGAAGUAUUUUCACAAGUACAUUGCGGAAAACAAUUUAUAAAAACGUUCUGACAUUAUUUGUUUGUAAACAAGAUGUUAUAAACAAAAUUUUUUUAAAGUUCGAUUUCUCAACGAAAUUUAAAAUGUAAUUAAAAAUAAAUAAAUGUCAAAAAUAUAUAAAUGAUAAAAUGAAAAUAUAACAUUCA